CUAGAUAUCACUGAGAGUGGUGAGUGGGGUUGCCUCGCCCAGGCAUUAUUGCCAGAAUAGAAACCCUAAGCAGGUAUCAUGGACUGCAUGAUCAUAUGAGCAAGCUCCAUCGCCUAUCUAUCUAUCUAUCUAUCAAUUACUUGGAUCUCUUCCAUCCUCCUUCAAUCUAAUCAGCUAGCUCUUGUCUUGUUGCUGAUCUCAUGGAUUUGGUCUCUCCCACUGAGCACCUGUGCUACGUGCGCUGCACCUACUGCAACACUGUUCUUGCGGUUGGGGUUCCAUGCAAGAGGCUUCUGGACACAGUGACCGUCAAGUGUGGCCACUGCAACCAUCUCUCCUUCCUUAGCCCUAGGCCCAUCCAGCAACCCUUAACUCUGGCUGAACAUCCAACCAGCCAACUCCAGGUUCAUUGCUCCGAUUGCCUGAGGGUUUCACCGCCGUCGUCGUCCUUCUCCAGUGAGUCAAUGAUCCAAAAACCACCCUUCGUUGUGAAACCUCCUGAGAAGAAACACAGGAUGCCUUCUGCUUACAAUCGCUUCAUGAAGGAGGAAAUACAGAGAAUCAAAGCUGCUCAGCCUGAUAUUCCUCACAGAGAAGCAUUUAGCAUGGCAGCAAAGAAUUGGGCGAAAUGCGAUCCUCGUUGCUCGACGACAAUCGCUUCAACCUCGGAGAGCAAGAAGCUAUCUCCGAUCUCCGAAGUGGAAAGGAGCAACAGCUUCAACAGGACUGAAAACUCCAAAGUUUAUGAUCAUGGUGAAAAGGAGGAUUAGGUUACGACCGACACAUAUAUGGAGCUGUUCCUCUAGUGGUGUGCUUAUGGGUGUUCAAUUUUUGUUGGAUCUUCUACUCUCUACACAAUGAAGCAUAUCUCUAGCUAGUGUUGUAGUAUUCUAAUUUCUAGUUCUGAUCCAUGCAUUGCAAAUGAAAGGGAGCAAUUAAUAUGGAUGUGGCUCCUCAAUAUAAUAUGAACCUGUUUAUUCAGUUUUACUGAGAGAUCUCAAGUAAGAGGCUUAAUGCAUGCCAAAUAUAUUUUGUGUUCA